GGAGCAGGGAGUUGCCUGUGUCCACACUCCAGCUGCUUUGGCUGAAGAUAAAAUUUCCCCUGGCUCACUGAGACUGAGACACACUCAGACUGAACAGAGUCACACAACAGGGCGCUCUGGGAGAAAAUGGCUUUGCUAAUAUUCCUGAGUGCUAUUAUUCCUCGACUUGUUUUUAUUUUACAUACUUUAUUGGCGGUCUGGAGAGUGACUACAGUGAAAGAGAAUCAGAACUACUGGCUUCUAACUCUGCUGAUUUUGCUGAUCUGUAUCGAGAUGAUAGUGACUCUAAAGAUCCGAAAAGGGAAAGAUUACAAAGGGUUUUCUCCAGCAAUUUUUUUUUAUCUAAUCAAUAUAAUUCCUUCAAUCUGGAUCCUUGAAGUCAAUCACUUUCAAUGGAUAAAGAAAAAUAAAUGUUCACCAGUGAAUGAAUCUUCCCACAAGUGCUUGGAGGUUUCCUCACCAAAUGAUGAUCCAGCUGCUCAACAGUCAGAAGAUCUGAGUAGUCCACUAGAUGUGGCCUUCAAGAACAUCGAUGAUUGGACAUUAGCUCUUCACCAGGCUCUUUUGAUUCUGCUUAUACUAGGAAAAUGGCUUCUUCCCAUGGGAGCCGGCAUCACCCGAGACCAACUCUCACAGCUUCUCCUGAUGUUUGUGGGAAUUGCAGCUGAUAUCUUGGAGUUUAGCAGUGAAACGCUGGCAGAGAAGGGUGUCAGGUGCAAUUCUGACCUGGUAUUUCUAAUCAUGGCUGUGUGGACAUGGAGUAUGUUACAAUUUCCCUUGGAUGUUGUAGUGCAACAGAUUGAAUGCCAAGCAACUCCAACUGGAAAAAGGAUGAGAAACUUACUGCUGUGCAAACACAGUGCAGACCUGUGGAAUAUUUGCAUAAGUAUAUUUAUUCAAGACGGGCCCUUCCUUUUUGUCCGAUUGUAUUUAAUGCUGAAACAUCAUGUUAUCAACCAGAUGCUCGCAUUUUUUGCUGUCAAGAAUGCAUUAGUGUUGAUCCUGCAGGUAUAUCGCUUGGUAGUCAUAUACUUAGACAUUCGAGAAUCACUCAAUAGUCAACAGCAAAAUCGCCAGCGUGAAACAAACUGUUGUCCAUGUGACAUUGAGGAUACGCAAUUUCUCUGAACAGUUGGGAUACUGAAAAAAAAAGCACUUGGAUUCCAAUGAGGGAGUGUUUCAGGGACAAAAUGAACAUUUAUAACAUUAUAAUCGUCUUUUCGCCUUAUACUAUUAACAAUUAAUGAUUGCUUCUAACACAAUGGUAGCUUUGUGCCUCUUUUGAGUUAUUCUUGUGAUUCGCUAGAAUUAUUUUGUUUAGGAAUCAAGAAAAGUAGACAUUUUAUAAUGAUUGCUAACAACAUACAACAAGAACAACCACAAUAACAACUUGCAUUUAAAAAGUGCCCUUCAUGCAGGGGCAGGGACUCAGCUCAUAAAUGAUGAAAUGAUUACAAAAAAAACACAUUUAAUGUUAUUUUCAGUUGUAUUAAGUAAUUUGUUGCUCAGUCAAAAAGUAUUAUACUUCAUGUUUUUUUCCAAACUGCAUUCUUGCACAGCAGUAAUUUUAUGGUGGCACCUUUGAAUAUUAUAAAACAAGGAGCCACAAGGAGGAUUCGGAAGAAAAUAGAGGGAUUCAUGCUCUCAGGAAAAAGUUAAAGCUUACACUGCAGUGCAAGCAGAAUCAACACUUGAAUUACUACACAUGCCGGUUUAUCAUUCCAACUUUGUCACAACCUCAUAUUGGCAAGAACCUUGUAAAGUUCAAAUAGUCAUUCAGAAAAAAAAUAAGUUUGGAAAGGAAUGGCCCAUUAUCUUACCUGGCACUGGGGAAAAAAGGCUUUGAUAUCUGAAUGCAAUACAAACCACAGCCACAUAUAAAGUGCAUAACCAAUUUGUGCCUUUGUGCAAAGUGACAUAAAUAUUGAAUGGAAGCGUCUAUGUGUAGCACAAAUAGAUAGUAAAUUUGUAUUAGCUGCAUUGUGUCAUGUAAAAUGGGACCCAAGCUAUUUUAAAGUUGCACAUGCUUUUUUCCUAAUCUUUUAUACAAAUACUUUUACACACAUUAGGUCCAGACAAACAAAAAAUAGCACGUAACUUGCAUGGAAAGGGUUAACGCUAGUAUUGUUGCAUUUGUAGGGAGCAACUUUUAUUGGGAGUUGCUAGGAGAAUGUGGGCCUUUUGUCUUUUAUGUAUGCAGCUUUUCUGUUUCACAAAAUAAAGUCCUUUGUUUUUUUUCAUAUCCAUUCAUUCCAGUGCCAUUUGUAUUUAUCAGUUUAAUGUUUGAAAAACAGAGUGUCUCUUCAACCGAACAAGCAAUACACUAAACACAGAGUAGUGAAUACGUCAUAGCCAGAAGUAAAACUCGGAGAGACUUCUGACACUACAUUCUAAAAUAGAAAUAUAAAAAUGGAAGGAACAAAAUCUUAACUAAACCGGUUCAUAGUUACAAAGUUCAUGUUUUUUCUGUAUCACAAGUUAAUAUAUAAGGUUGUAAAACCAUGUUUUUUUAAACUGUUUGACAAAGUGUGUUAAAACUGUUGUAUAAAUGUGCAGAAUAUUGUGUAAUUAUACAAGCCAACAAAUCUAGUCCCCAUUUAUACACCUGCGAAGAAAUAAAAAUAAU